CACCGUCGUCCGUUGUGCCCGACAUCCGUACCCAGCCUCCUGCGUUGCUGUCUCACCCAGGCUCCGGGCCCUCGCUCUUAUAUUUAUCAAGACCCACAUACCUGUAGCAACAGCAUACACAUAUAUCUUCAACCCCUCCCCCACUAUUCCCCUCAAGCUUGACCACGUAUACCCACGCCCCGCCCUCGAAUGACCACACCCACGAACAAGAACGAUCCCUCCUCAUCCAAGGUAGCCAAUUCCUCCGACGGGCUCCGAAACCGGGCCAAUGAACAAGGACGGCCGCAGAGCCAACAAUGGUCGCGUCUUCUCGUGCUCUGCAUCGCCGUCGCCCUCGGGGGCGUCGUGACAGCACGCGCACUAUGUCCCGACGUUGCUUGGCUCUCAAGACAGCAUAUCGACCUACUCUGCUCGGUGCCAUCCUCCCUCCUGAACGGUUGGCACGCGGCCCCAAAUACGAUGUCUAAUGGGACGCACGAGUUCCGCGAGACGAUGAUUCUCAUUUCCGUUGACGGACUAAGACAGGAGUACCUGGAACGAGGGCUCACUCCGCAUCUCCUCGAAAUGAGCAAGACGGGUCUGCGAGCUGACUACCUGAACCCCAUAUUUCCAACAUUAACAUUUCCGAAUCACUGGACGCUCAUGACAGGGCUGUGGGCGGAGUCCCAUGGGCUCGUUGCAAACAAAAUAUUCGACCCUGCUACAAAGAAAGUCUGGUUACCCACCAAGAAGGAAUCGUUCGAGCCCGAAUGGUGGUUUGGCGAACCAAUGUGGGAGACAGCUCAAAAAGCUGGCUUGAAGACCGCUGACAUCAUGUGGCCAGGACCUCGCACCUCGCAAAGUGGCGCCACGCCGACAUAUUCCGUGCCGUUCAAUUUCUCGUAUCCAAUAGAUGCAAAGUUGGAUCGAAUACUUGAGUGGAUGGACAUGCCGAUCGAGGAAAGGCCGCAGCUUAUAACGAUGUAUGAACCAUCGCUCGAUAAUUCGGGGCAUGAGACAGGACCACAUUCAUUACGAACCAAUCAAACGCUGGCCAAAAUCGACAGCUGGGCAGGAAACCUCACAGCAUCCCUCCAAGCGCGCAAUCUCAGCGACAUCGUCAACGUGGUAAUAUUGAGCGACCAUGGAAUGGCUGAUACGAGCGCACCCGAGUUGAUAUACAUGGACGAGAUCCUUGGAGAGGACUUCGUCACGAUUGAAUACAUCGAUGGCUGGCCGUCCAUGGGCUUGCAUCUCUUCCCGGAAGCCAACGCGUCCCGCAUACUGGAGAAACUCUACGCAGCAGAGGACCCCACAAAGUUUGAGGUCUUCACGCGCGAGACGAUGCCCGCACGGCGGCACUACGCCAACAACCCGCGCAUCGCGCCUAUAUUUAUUACGCCCCACCUCGGGUAUGCACUCACGACGACGGUGUUGAACGGAACGGAGAUAUCGGUAGGGAACCAUGGCUGGGACAAUAUAUACCCCGACCUGCGUGCGGUCUUCCUCACGCAGGGCCCGUUCGCGGAGAGAAUGAAAACCAAAGCUGCAGCCUAUGCCUCCGGAUCACCUCGGAGUGAUUCGGACCUCUGGCAGUCAACAAAAGGCUCUGGCUCGGACGGCUACGUGAUGACAAACUUCAACAAUAUUGAGAUAUAUAAUUUGGCGAUGCAUAUGCUGGGCAUUCAGGACCGCGCCGCGAGUAAUAAUGGGACGGUGGGAUUUUGGGAUGCGUACGUUUAGUUUAGAGAGGAUUGUGUGAUUGUAAUUGUUUCCGUGAUAUCCCAUCUCAUCAUUUGCAUGACAU